GGGAACGAUGGCGGCGCUGGAGAAGCACGUCGAGGAGAUGCGCUCCAACAGCCUGUUCGACGGAACCGACUUCAAGCUGGCCUCCUGCGAGGACCCGGUGGACGAGAGGGUCGCCAGGGAGUGCGGCUUCACGUCGCUCUCCGUUCGGCUAGUCAAGGAGCUGGUUACUCUUUGUUCCAACCCGUCGUUGACAACCCCGGAGAUCUCAUUUGCUGGGAGACAUUUAUCGGCAGCUGAGUUCCACUCGGUGCUUCAGAGUGUAGGAACUAGUUCAGCUUCUGAGGAUCCUACAAAGAAGAAUGAUGUUGUUGUUUUGGAUGCAAGGAAUCUGUACGAGACACGGAUUGGCAAGUUCCAUGUACCAAAUGUGGAGACACUGCAUCCUGAUAUUAGACAAUACAGUGACUUGCCAAUGUGGAUAGAUGAGCAUACUGAGAAGCUACGUGGUAAAUCAAUUAUGAUGUACUGCACAGGAGGUAUACGCUGUGAGAUGGCCUCAGCUUAUAUCCGCUCCAAAGGUGAAGGCUUUGAGAAUGUUUUUCAGUUGUAUGGUGGCAUCCAGAGAUAUCUGGAGCAAUUUCCAGAUGGUGGCUAUUUUGAUGGAAAGAAUUUUGUAUUUGACCACAGAAUAUCUGUGGGAAGCCUUAAAGACAACAUACUUGGAACUUGUUUGAUAUGUGGUUUAACCUAUGACGACUACUCGUCCCGGUGCCGUUGCAGCCACUGCAGAAUGUUGGUUCUAGUGUGCUCCACAUGUCAGGAUUCUACCAAGGAGUAUGUAUGCGAGCUAUGUCUAAGAAAUGCAAAACCAUGCUGUCCAACAUCCGUAAGGCAAGACUGCCAAACAGAGUCAGAGCUAUCUGAAUCUUCCUCCUGUGGAAAGCCAUCAAUAAGCAACAAAAUUUCAGCCUCCAAAGCUCCCAUGAGUAACGGUAGUGAGCAGCUGAAGAAGUUGAGGAUCCUCUGCUUGCAUGGUUUCCGUCAGAACGCGUCAAAUUUUAAGGGCAGAACAUCGGCGCUUGCCAAAAAGCUCAAGCACAUUGCUGAGCUUGUCUUCAUUGAUGCUCCUCACGAGCUUUCGUUUGUAUACCAACCAAAACCGGAUCCCUGCUCCGACAAACCCUCACCUCCGUCUUUCACAGCCAGAACAAAGUUCGCGUGGCUGGUUUCUCCCAACACGAGUUACCACACGGAGCAAGAGUGGAAGAUUGCAGAUGGACCAUUUGACCCGCUUCAGUAUGAGAAGCAAACUGAGGGCUUAGAUGAAUCAUACACAUACCUUGAAAACACAAUAGCUGAGAAUGGGAACUUUGACGGCAUCCUUGGUUUCUCCCAGGGCGCAGCGAUGGCUGCCUUGCUGUGCAGACGGCAGCAGAAGACCUGCGGUUGUCCCAAGUUCAGAUUCGGGAUAUUUUGCUCUGGAUAUCCAGCACCUGUCGGCGAUUUGGACGGCGAGCCAAUCAGGCUUCCGUCGCUCCAUUGCUUUGGCGGCGGCGGUGAAGGUCAUGACAGGCAGAUCGCGAGCAGGGCAAGCACCGAACUGGCUUGCAUGUUUGAGGAGGACCGGCGCACCAUUGUUGAGCAUGACAUGGGGCACAUCAUUCCUACUCGGCCACCCUACAUCGAUCAGAUCAAGGAGUUCUUGUGCAAUUUCAUAUGAAACAUUUGGAGGAUAGGUGAUCAUUUUGUUGUAACUCUAGACUUUGAUGUGUUUCUCUCCUUGUCUAUCAGAUGCGCUGUGAUGGUGCAAAAUUGUUUCUGUCC